CGAAAAAGGAAAAAAAAACAAAUUAUAAAAGAAAAAAAUAAGAAAAAGGAAAAGAAGAACAAAGUCUGCGCGAUCUGAGUUCUGUGAUUCUGUACCGAUCACUGAACCCUAGAAGUUCAAAACUCCUUCUCGUCAAACCAAACGAACCUCCUUUUUUUAUUAUUUUUUCAUUUUCUCUGGGAUAUCGUUUUGAUCGGUGCAAUUGGGAAAAAUGGCAUACGCAUCCCGUAUUAUCAAUCAAUCAAAAAAGCAGUUAAGAAGUGCUCCAAACUUGCUGAGACAUGAGAAUGCUCUCCUGGUUCGUUGGUUUUCUUUCAGUGGCCAACCCUCUGUUGGUAAGAGGGAUGAGAUAUGGAGGAUUCGUGGCCAUGGCUAUGUGCCUACGGAAGGAGAGGGACUUACUAAGUCUUUCAUUAGUAGCACUAAGUCAUUGUCUGGUACACAUAAAAGGAAUGUCUCAACAACAACAGUGAAAGUGGGAAAUUCAAUUGCUGGGUUGGAAUUAAACAAAUGGCUUUCGUGUUCGCAGGUUCCAUUAAGGAGAGGCUUUUCGUCUGAUGCAGGCCUUCCUCCUCACCAAGGGAUAGGAAUGCCAUCUCUUUCACCUACAAUGACAGAGGGUAAUAUUGCAAGGUGGUUGAAAAAGGAGGGUGAAAAGGUUUCUCCUGGUGAAGUCCUUUGUGAAGUUGAAACUGAUAAAGCUACAGUUGAGAUGGAAUGCAUGGAGGAAGGCUAUCUUGCCAAAAUUAUUUGUGGAGAUGGGGCCAAAGAAAUCAAAGUUGGCGAGCUCAUCGCUAUAACUGUUGAAGAUGAGGAGGAUAUUGCAAAAUUCAAAGACUACACCCCAUCAUCAUCAGAUGGUGGUGCUGCUGCAGAUAAGGUGCCAUCUGCUUCCCCUCCGCCCCAGAAAGAGGUGGUUAAAGAACCAGCUACUCCUCCGGAGCCAAAAGUUUCAAAGCCCAGCGCACCUCCUGCUUCUGAAGAUCGCAUUUUUGCUAGUCCUCUUGCAAGAAAUUUGGCUGAAGAAAACAAUGUGCCACUCUCAAGUAUUAAAGGAACAGGUCCAGAUGGACGCAUUGUGAAGGCUGAUAUUGAAGAUUACUUAGCUUCUCGCAGCAAGGAAGCUCCUGCAGCAGCUGCCAAGGCUAAGCAUGCAGCACCUGAGGCUUUAGAUUACACUGACAUCCAUAUUUCUCAGAUACGAAAGAUCACAGCUUCGCGGUUGUUAUUCUCAAAGCAAACAAUUCCACAUUAUUAUUUGACAGUAGACUCAUGUGUCGACAAACUUUUGGAUUUACGAGGCCAGCUUAAUGCAUUGCAAGAAGCAUCUGGCCGGAAGCGGAUAUCUGUUAAUGACCUUGUAAUAAAGGCUGCUGCUUUGGCUCUUAGAAAAGUUCCUCAGUGCAAUAGUUCAUGGACUGAUGAAUAUAUCCGCCAGUAUCACAACGUGAAUAUUAAUGUCGCAGUGCAGACAGAUAAUGGACUUUUUGUUCCUGUUGUCCGGGAUGCAGAUAAGAAAGGCCUGUCCAGGAUAGCAGACGAGGUCAAGCAGUUGGCCCAAAAAGCGAAAGAAGGAAGCUUAAAACCUGAGGACUAUGAGGGAGGCACAUUUACAGUGUCGAAUUUGGGAGGUCCCUUUGGUGUUAAGCAAUUUUGCGCCAUCAUCAACCCUCCCCAAUCAGGCAUUCUUGCAAUCGGAUCCGCUGAGAAGAGGGUUGUGCCUAGUUCCGGACCUGAGCAAUAUAAGUUUGCUUCCUUCAUGUCUGCAACACUAAGUUGUGAUCAUCGUGUUAUUGAUGGCGCAAUUGGUGCAGAAUGGUUGAAAGCGUUCAAAGGCUACAUUGAGAAUCCGGAGUCAAUGUUGCUCUAAAUUUAUGGUUCGCGAUCCACUCUUCAAAUAAGUCGUUUUUGUUGCUCUUGCUGCUUGGAUUAACGAGGGAUUUGAAUGAAAGUCCCAAUUAUUCAUAUCUGAGUUCCAAUUGAGAUUUUAACUGAUUACAUCGCGGAUGAUAGUUAUUCCGUUUGUAUUCUCUAUUCAGAGCUUUUGGAAUAAAAAAAAAAAGGGGUUUAUCGAGGCUUUGAAUUUUGCUCAUGUAGAGUGCGGAACCCCCCUGUAUAUGAGGAGAUACUUGUUUUGUCCCGUUCUUCCUCUCGUAUUAAUGUGAAUAUUUGGAAAAUUUUGCUUUCUGAUAA